GUGACAUGAUCUCCUCAGACAACUCAGUAUGAUGUCCGCCGAGGCGCUGGGUAUGGAGAAUUACUCAGAGGAGCAGCAGUGCAGAUCCAGCAGGAGGCGUCUGUAGGAGAUAGAUCCGAGUGCUGCGUUUCCGGAUCACCAUGAGCGGCUGUGCAUUCUGUGCCAUUACAGUGCAGAUCCAGCAGGAGGCGUCUGUAGGAUAUAGAUCCAAGUGCUGCGUCUCCGGAUCACCAUGGUCGCCAUUCGCAGCGAGCCUGUGUAAGCUGCCAUCCGGACACCAGGGUCCAAUACAGGUUGUGACCCAGUUCAAAACUGAGCAAGAUCCUGGGUGUGUGGAGCCGACAGCACAGAGUCCAGUGUCUGGAGACAGUCCUAUGGAGACAGACAAACAGUCCAUUUACAGGCACCCGCUGUUCCCGCUUCUCGCCCUGCUCUUUGAGAAGUGUGAGGGCUGCACACAAGGAUCAGAAGGAACAACCUCCGCCAGCUUUGACCUUGACAUAGAAACAUUUGUGAGAAGACAACAUAAGGAGGGCAAGGACUUCUUCUCAGAGGACCCUGAGACGGACAGCUUGAUGGUAAAAGCAAUCCAGGUUUUGCGGAUUCACCUUUUAGAGCUAGAAAAAGUCAAUGAACUGUGCAAAGAUUUCUGUAGCCGCUAUAUUUCCUGUCUCAAAACAAAGAUGAACAGCGAGACACUGCUGAGUGGAGAUCCAGUGGGACCAUACUCUCCAAUACAGAGUGGUAUCAGUAGUACCAUCAGUGCUCAGGGGAUUGUGGUCCCGGCAUCAGCCCUCCACCAGGGGAAUGUAGCUGUAGCAACUGUGUCAGGUGGCGCUGUGUAUCAGCCAGUUACUGUUGUCACCCCACAGGGGCAACUUGUGGCUCAAGCUUUGUCACCAGGCACCAUUCGGAUCCAGAACUCACAGUUACAGUUACAGCUCAGUCAGGAUUUGGGCCUCCUACACUCAGACGAUGGCUCUGGGAAGAACAAGCGAGGGGUGCUCCCAAAGCAGGCGACCAAUGUCAUGAGAUCCUGGCUCUUUCAGCACAUCGGGCACCCGUACCCCACAGAGGAUGAGAAGAAGCAGAUUGCGGCUCAGACAAACCUGACGUUACUUCAAGUGAACAACUGGUUUAUAAAUGCCCGACGCAGAAUCCUGCAGCCUAUGUUGGACUCCAGCACAACUGAUACUCCAAAGACAAAGAAGAAGAGUGGGCAGAGCCGCCCUGUGCAGAGGUUCUGGCCAGACUCUAUUGCAGGCGGUGCAUCGCAGCAUGGAGGAGAUAUUGGUGAUGGUGCAGUUGUGACACUUUCAGCUCCUGGUGGUCUCGGAGCAGACAGUCUGCAGUCACUGACAUCGGAUGGAGCCACUUUGGCUGUCCAGCAGGUGAUGUUAGGAGGUCAGAGUGAUGAUGAUUCUCUGGACACAGAUCAGGAGGACACAGAGACAGGACUCAGUGCAGGGGAAUUAAGGGGUCUGGUGCUGAGUGGUGGAGGACUGUAAUGGAAAGGACAGAGGCGCACCUUGUCACACACACUUUAUAUUGUCAGUGCCAUACACAUGGUGUGACAGUGAUGCACAGAACCUUGUGCCACCCCAUCAGUUUUAGCUUCACUUGCGACAAAAUAUUUGCACCUUAAAAAACUGACCGUCGCUUCCAAGGAUUUCACUGCCGAAUGAUCAUUUUAUCCUGUGCCAAAAGAGCCCGCCAUCACCAGGAGAUGGAAGCAAUGACCAGCAGACUUGAUAGCACUGAGAUGUCCUGAAGGAAGUGGGAUGAUUGACUCCCAAGCUUCUCAAUGGAUGUUCCUGCAGCUGUGAGGCUUCUGUACAUGGACAGUGACUUCCUUGUAUAUGACCAUUUCUGGCCGGGAGUCUCCAGAAAGGGUGAAAAUGAAUGAAAUGUUGAAUUUACUCCCCAAAUAGAACUGUAUUUUUGUAGAGUUGUGAAAGAAUAAACCUUGAAAAACUCAUCUAAUAUAUGUGAAUCCUCCCUGGUGAUGUGAUGGACCUCCCGGUGGAAGGAGCUGUUUCUCUAUCAUUAUAGAUCAGCGUGGGCUGGAGCUGUGUUAGGAGUGGACUUGUUACUUCUUCCAGGUCAUUGUACCGGGAGAGGCAGUAUUGCUGUGAGUUCUACACUAAUGACUAAUAAGGGGAAUAGGCUGAUGAUGUCAUUGCCUUACCAGGUUUGAAGAAAGAAUUAAGUCACACCUAUGUCAGAGUAAGUAGCAGGAGGUAGGAGGUUAGUGUCACCCAGAAGAAGCACAAGCAGCAUAGGCUGCAUUCUGUAUCACACUCCAGUACUGAGGAAAUGUCACAGCUGUACUCUUUUUAUACUGAUGCUGUACUGCACUUCCAUAGCAUACUGCCCAUGAUACAUUACCAUGGAGUAGUGUGUACCAUCAGUGUACUCUCAGUGAAUGGAACAUUCAGAAUUAUAUUGGAUCAUUCAUCUGAGCUUCUCUAGAAAGAUAUUUUAAGAACAGUUUAUAGGACUAUCUAAAAGAGGAAAAUGCAAUGUGGUCUUUUUAUAAAUUCUGUUUAAAAGUCCAGAAGAGAAGCUACUGGCAAAGUAGAUGUAACAGCAGAAGAAGGCAGCAACAUCGGGGGAGCGAGGGUGGGAAAGGAAUCCGUGCCCUGACAAAUACAAUUUAUACAAAGACAACACAAGCAGAAAUUGAGCUGGUUAAAUUCAAUUAAUGAAGGAAUAUGUAGUGGACUAGCAGCAUUAGGAUAUGUGUCAUGGACUAGAGGGAUCGGGUGGAGGCAUUAGCAUAUGUGUCAUGGAGUAGCGGAUUUGGAGUGGAGGCAUUAGCAUGUGUCAUGGACUAGAGGGAUCGGAGUGGAGGCAUUAGCAUAUGUGUCAUGUAUAGAGGGAUCGGGUGGAGGCAUUCGGUUAUGUGUCAUGGACUAGAGGGAUCGGAUGGAGGCAUUAGGAUAUGUGUCAUGGAGUAGCGGGAUCGGAGUGGAGACAUUAGCAUAUGUGUCAUGGACUAGAGGGAUCGGAUGGAGGCAUUCAGGUAUGUGUCAUGGGCUAGAGGGAUCAGGUGGAGGCAUUAAGAUAUAUGUCAUGAACUAGCAGGAUCGGAAAGGAGGCAUUAGCAUAUAUUUCAUGGACUAGAGGGAUCGGGUGGAGGCAUUAGCAUAUGUGUCAUGGACUAGAGGGAUCGGGCGGAGGCAUUUGGAUAUGUGUCAUGUAGUAGCAGAUCGGAGUGGAGACAUUAGGAUGUGGUCGGUUAGAUUAAUGGAAUGGAUUAUGUACUCUGAAACUUUACUGCUAUAUUUUUGUCCAUUCUUACAACAGUGUUGGGAAGGUUCAUUCAUCUAAUCUAUUGUGAGAUAUGGACAGUUAUAACGGAUUGUCCCAUCUUAUCUGCAGUCUCUUGGGGAAUGUCUACUUAUAUUCUGGUUCACCUCAGGAGAUACAGAAGACACUUUCUCCUGCUCUUUUAUAGUUGUAGUCCCUAUCUUGCUCUAUGGUCCCCAUAUCCUCUUAGGUGGCAUAGCUGUAGUAAUGUCACAGGUGGCAUGGGUUGUUCCAUGUAUUAAAGAUUCUUCUACAGUCUUCCCACUUGGGCUCCCUACCUGGUUGUCCUUUCUGACUGUUUAUCCCCCUUUAUCUUUACAGAUAGGGAACACUUCUACCUUGUUUGUAAUAUUUUAACAUCUCAUUCUUUUAGUGUCCCUUGGACAUGCUUUCAUUUUAUCCAAUGGACACAUUGCUUUUUAUUUUGGCGAUCAGCCUCCAGUUACUGUUUAAGUACAUCUCACAUCCUUAGAUAUGACUCUAUCAAUUAAGAUAUCCAAAAACAGAGAUGGAAGGUCUGCAGAUCUAUUAUCUGUAGCAAUUAUACUAGCUAUUUGUGUGUUUCCAAACAGAACUAUACUCUGGUAUCUGUUCAGCUUUCCCCCAGACUCCUCCUCCUAUCCAUGUUACACUCCAUCCCCUUCUCAGCCGCUGGUCGUCUCACACUCCACCCCUUUUUCAGCCGUUGAUCAUCUCACACUCCACCUCCUUCUCAGAUGCUGGUCAUCUCACAAUCCACCCCCCUUCUUAGCCGCUGGCCAUUUCACACUCCAACCCCUUCUCAGCCGCUGGUCAUCUCACACUCUACCUCCUUCUCAGCCCCUGGUCAUCUCACACUCCAUCCUCUUCUCAGCCUUUGGUCAUCUCACCCUCCACUUCCUUCUCAGCCCCUGGUCAUCUCACACUCCACCUCUUCUCAGCCUUUGGUCAUCUCACCCUCCACUUCCUUCUCAGCCCCUGGUCAUCUCACACUCCAUCCUCUUCUCAGCCUUUGGUCAUCUCACCCUCCACUUCCUUCUCAGCACCUGGUCAUCUCACACUCCACCCCUUCUCAGCACCUGGUCAUCUCACACUCCACCCCUUCUCAGCCCCUGGUCAUCUCACACGCCACCCCUUCUCAGCCCCUGGUCAUCUCACACGCCACCCCUUCUCAGCCCCUGGUCACCACAUACUUAACCCCUUCUCAGCCCCUGGUCAUCUCACACUCCAACCCCUUCUCAGCCCAUGGUCAUCUCACACUCACCCUCUACUCAGCUCCUGGUCUGCUCAUACUUCACCCCCUUCUCAGCCCCUAGUAAUCUCACACUUCACCCCUUCUCAGCUCCUAGUCAUCUCACACUUCACCCCUUCUCAGCCCCUAGUCAUCUCACACUUCACCCCUUCUCAGCCCCUAGUCAUCUCACACUUCACCCCUUCUCAGCCCCUAGUCAUCUCACACUUCACCCCUUCUCAGCCCCUAGUCAUCUCACACUUCACCCCUUCUCAGCCCCUAGUCAUCUCACACUUCACCCCUUCUCAGCCCCUAGUCAUCUCACACUCACCCUCUUCUCAGCUCCUGGUCAACUCACACUGCAUCCCUUCUCAGCCCCUAGUCAUCUCACACUUCACCCCUUCCCAGCCCCUAGUCAUCUCACACUUCACCCCUUCUCAGCCGCUAGUCAUCUCAUACUUCACCCCUUCUCAGCCCCUAGUCAUCUCAUACUUCACCCCUUCUCAGCCCCUAGUCAUCUCACAUUGCACCCCUUCUCAGCCCCUGGUCACCACAUACUUCACCCCUUCUCAGCCCCUGGUCAUCUCACACUCCACCCCCUUCUCAGCCCCAUGUCAUCUCACACUCCACCCCCUUCUUAGCCCCUGGUCAUCUCACACUCACCCUUUUCUCAGCUCCUGGUCAUCUCACACUCACCCUCUUCUCAACUCCUGGUCAUCUCACACUCCACCCCCUUCUCAGCCCCUAGUCAUCUCACACUUCACCGCUUCUCAGCCCCUAGUCAUCUCACACUUCACCGCUUCUCAGCCCCAUGUCAGCUCACACUUCACCCCUUCUCAGCCGCUUGUCAUCUAACACUUCAGCCCUUCUCAGCCCCUAGUAAUCUCACACUCCACCCUCUUCUCAGCCUCUAGUCAUCUCACACUCCACGCUCUUCUCAGACCCUGGUCAUCUCAUACGUCACCCUCUUCUCAGCCACUGGUCAUCUCACACUCCACCCCAGUGCUCAUUCAUCUCACUUUACCCCUCCAGCCACUACAUUUCCCCAAUUCCCUGUUUAUGUCACAGUUAUUAAGAGGACUAAAAUAAUGGAGGAUAAGCUAAUAGUAGUCGAGUACUAAUUCACAAUCACACAGUUCAGACAGUUUGUGGCAAGUGAGUUCACGGCAGCAAAGAACAAGCCAGCUCAGCUUUUUCCAUGCGGGACAGAUGCAUGUCUGCAGCCCUCUCCCAGUCACUUUGCUGAUAAAGUCUACUCAAUCGGACUGGUUUCCUAACCUAGCCAUCAUCUAAGUGCCAUGGCUCCAAGCCUGUUAAUGUAAGCCACCUUGCUUCUUGAACUAGCUUUGUGCCCAUUGGUAUAGAAGACAUUGUUGAAAUUGCCUGAAAGAUUGCAUCGCUCCGCCUGUGACCUGGACCCUUCCUCAGCCGAGCUUCCAAUAGGACGUAUUGCCAUAAUUUACCCAGUAUCUGGCAGAAAGGUGCAUUGUUCACUGCAGAAAGGAAUUUUUAAUGAACCACUAAUUUAGAUCCUGACUCCAUGACUAGCUACAGAUGGUAUCACACCUUCCUCUUCUAGGAAAGGUGAUUGAGAAAAUGGUUACAAGUCGACUGAAAGCCCGCCUGUCAUCCCAUUAACUCUAUGAUCCAUUCCAGUCAGGAUACAGAAGACAUGACACUAAAACAAUCCUGGUAUGUACUUAAUGAUCUGAUGGCAAGAGACCGAGGUGACUGUUCAAUCUUAAUUCUUCUGGAUCUCUCUGCAGCAUUUGAUACCAUGGACCAUGGGAUUCUGAUUGAGCAUCUGGAAAAUGUCUGUGGACAAGGUAGCAUAGUCCUUAGCUGGUUCAAAUCAUUUGUCACUAGCAGGUCACAGUUUCUUCUGGAGUAUACUCUUCAUCACCAGUGCCACUGUCUCUUGGGGUCCCCGCAAGACUUUAUACUAUCUCCCAUGCUUUUUGCAAUAUACAUGCUGCCUCUGGGUGAAAUAAUCAGGCGCCAUGGCCUGGUCUACCACUGCUAUGCAGAUGAUACACAACUGUACCUGUCCUUUGCUCUAGUUAUUGCUAACCCAAUAAAGACCCUAAAUGUCUGUCCAGCUGAGUUCCGAUAGUGGAUGAGUGCCAGUUGGCUGUGACUGAAUCUGAUAAAGCAGAGGUCUGUAUUGCAGUAGGACUGGUUGAUUGGGGGUUCAGAGUUGCAAUGUACUGAACAUGUGCGGAAUCUUGGUAUUGUCCUGGAUGAUUGCCUCACACGUAAACAUCUGGUAUCAACCACAAUCAAAUACUCAUUCUCCCAUCUAAGGAACAUAGCUAAAAUCCAGCACUUAAUUCCCUCAGAAGAUCUGCCUAAAGUCAUACAUGCAUUUGUAUCAUCACGCCUAGACUACUGCAAUGCCCUCUACCUGUGUCUCCCAGUAAAAGAAUAGCAUCGCUUGAAUACAGUACAAUAUUCAGCUGCCAGGAUGUUAACCUACCAAGCAAAUACCAGCCACAUAGCACCCAUUCUCUACUCCCUCCACUGGCUGCCUGUAAGAUGGUGAAUAGAUUUCAUAAUUGGCUUACCCACUUUCACAGCCCUACAUGACCAGGACUCAAGGUACCUGAGGCAGCUUCUGAUUCCACACUUGCCCUCUCGCUUACAGGGAUCUGGAACUGAAAGACAGUUAGUAACCAGGAUCUCCCUUCAUUUGGAUAUAGAGCUUUCAGCUUUCUGGCUCAAACGCUCUGGACCUUCCUUGCACAGUAUGCGAGACACCGACAUAAACAGAUUCAGGCCCCGCAUGCUCUCUUAUGCAUUUCUCCAGGUCCCUUUUCUUUUCUCAGAAAGGCAAAAACAACCCAGAUGGUUAGCUCUCUUUUCUGUAGACCUGUGGUUUCCAAACUGUGCCGUGGAACCUUGGGGCGCCUCGGGACACUUGUAGUGGUGCCUCAAGUUGGUGGUACAGGAUUAAUUCACAUUAUUUAUGGUCAAUGUAAUAGGCAAACCCAGUGCUGGUGGCUGCCAGUCAUAGUAUAUAAGGAGAAACAGAAGUGAAUCGCGUUCCUCACCACAUAACUGACCCUAAGGAUGACAUAUAGACACAAUUUACUUCAUUUCAUAUUGUAUGUAAAUAUCUCAAUUAGAAACUUUUGGCCUAGGAGUACCGUGAAAAAGAUUCUGAUACUCUACUGUGCUAUGAUUCAAAAAGGUUUGUGAACUGCUGCUGUAGACUAUUAAUCCUUACGUUUAUUUUGUAUCUUUUCUAAAAUGCAAAUGUGAAAACUUUGAGUCCAAUUUAGAGAAAAGUUCUAUAUAAUUCACAUUAUUAUUAUUAUUAUUAUUAUUAUUAUUAUUAUUAAGUGUUCAUUGCAGCAUUGUAAGAUGGGACUCUGACCAGCAAACAUAAAUGUCACACUGUUGUGGUUGUUCAUCAGUCCAUUAUGAAUAAGGAGACACGUGACGGAUGUAAUGUAAGUUAGCCAUUGAUUGUACGGAGUCUCUCCUCUGAUUGUCAGUAAUAAACCUACUUCUCCUGA